AUGGCUGCUGCCGCCCGUUCCGCUAUUCAUUCUAUCGAUUGGCCUAAACUUACGGUUUCUUUGGGUUUACAAAAAGAAACCAUAUUAGCUUUACAAGCCUUUCGAAAACGUAAUGAAGAAGCCAGACGUGCUCUGGCUGCUUUAAAGGAACAAAAAACUCAAGUGAAUUUUGAACAUUAUCGCACGAUCUUGAAAAAUAAAGGAAUCGUGAAUGAAGCGGAAAAUGCUUUGAAUAGUUUUAAACCCACAAAAGUUGAUUUGGAUAAACAAUUAAAAAUCAUUGAAACCUUUGAAGAGAAAGCCGUGAAAGUAGUAAAAGCUAAACCAGAAAUUGUUGAUAUUGUAGAAAAGAUGGUUAAAAAACAUCGUUGGGCUGUUCCUGGUUAUGAAGAAACUUAUGGAUAUUAA